AAUUAAAAAAUGUAUUAAUACAAUUGACGUAAUUAAUUUUUUGCUGAUUUGAGGCAAAGAAUCUUUGCGUUUGAGCCGUUGCUUUGUUCAUGAUUGUAGUGUGUGGAAGCAAUCAAGGGGGCGUAAACAGGGGCUAACGGUUUUCAUUGUGACGAGCUUUAUCUCCCAUGUCAACUAAGGUUGUAAAAAUAAUUUCGUGUCUUUACAUGCCGUUGGACAUCUGAAAGGAAUUUCGUUCUUUCCGCGGACGAGAUUAUAAGAGAUUGUAUGAAAAUAUAUUCCAAACCGAGAUAAUGCAUACAUGUUUGUAAAACUGGCGGGUACCGCUCGACCAUGGCAAAAUUAUCCACAAAAAAACUGCUUUACUUCUUGUGUCUGACGUUUACUCUCGCUGGUCUCGUCAACAUCCUGGCGAUCUUUCAAGUCCGGGCCGAGAAGCGACCUUCAUGUCCCAAUGAGAGAAAAUCUAGAGGGAGACAACUUGAUUCAGUGCAUCGAGAAAACGAAUCAAUUGCUCUGGGGUUCAAGCCCUUGAAUUUGGAAUAUGAAAAUGAGGAGUCUAAACCCGAUGAAUGGAACAACACCGGAGCUAUUGGUUGGUAAAAAUGUUUUGUAAUGGGGUAGUAAAAAUGUUUUGACAUGAGCUAGUAAAAAUGUUUUGAUAUGGGGUAGUAAAAAUGUUUUGACAUGAGCUAGUAAAAAUGUUUUGAUAUGGGGUAGUAAAAAUGUUUUGAAAUGAGCUAGUAAAAAUGUUUUGAUAUGGGGUAGUAAAAAUGUUUUGAAAUGAGCUAGUAAAAAUGUUUUGAUAUGGGGUAGUAAAAAUGUUUUGAAAUGAGCUAGUAAAAAUGUUUUGACACGAGCUAGUAAAGAUGUUUUGACACGAGCUAGUCAAGUUUUUUAGAUUUUGGUUAGUAAAAUGUGCUUAAAUGGUUUAGUAAAAAUGGUUUGAUAUUUAAAAAAAAAAAAAAAAAAUAAAACCAACACUUGUUAUAAAUUCUUGACGGAAUGAAACGAGGACCACUGGUUGUGAAAUCAGCUUUGUGAAAAUAAUCUCUGAACAUUAAGUAUUUUUUUUUUAUUUUAAAAGACAGACAACUCUUAAAUUUGCAAAUCAGUGAGUUGUCUCUUCUUCUUUUUUCUCCAUAAUUAUUUAUUGAAUUUUAAAAAAAAAUGUUUCUGUAUAACGUCUGAGUUUUGGCUAUUUAUGAUCGUGUGAAUUCAUUUCUACGGCUCCUUACUCCAGGAGGCCUCCAUCUCCUUUAAAGAUUUUAAAAGAAUGAGAAAAUUGGAACUUAACUUGGUACUGAUACGAUGUUCGUGUAUCAAGCAUCUCCCUAACCACUGUUGACCCAUAACGUACACAAUUUGGUAGUUUUAAGAUUUAGAGACUGAUGAAAUGAAGCGAUCUCAAACACUUAGUGUGUUCACCAUUUGAGAUAGUUUGUGAUUGUGACAAGCAAAAAUAUUAAACAUAAUUGACUAUUAUUGUGAAUUAAUUAAUAUAUCCACAGACUAGUUGUUAGAUAAACCUUUGUGUUAAAAUAUAUAUAAAUGUUAACAAUAUUAAAAUGUCUAGUUUGACGGUUCGUAUUUUAAUUUGCAUUUUAAAAUACACCAAUUUCUAUUCAAAAAAAAAAAAAAAAAAAAAAAAAAAAAAAAAAAAAAAAAAAAAAAAAAAAAAAAANCACAGACUAGUUGUUAGAUAAAACUUUGUGUUAAAAUAUAUAUAAAUGUUAACAAUAUUAAAAUGUCUAGUUUGACGGUUCGUAUUUUAAUUUGCAUUUUAAAAAACACCAAUUUCUAUUAAAAAAAAAAAAAAAAAGAAAAAAAGAACAAUAAUAAAAAUAAUAAAAAAGAAGAUGAUGGUCCAGUGCAAUUUCUUUUCAGAAUUUCUGAAAACUUACAACAAAGAGUUGAAUAAAAAUGUACAGCCAAUCUCAGCUGACCCAUACAACGUAUCGACAAUCACAGAAUGGUGGCAGGCGGCUGCAAUGAUUCAUUGGUAAGAUGUAAUCACCAGUCAUGCACUUUUUAAACAUUAAGAUGAGGUGAGCCAGUAAAAUAAUGUAAGACAAUCGUACAUUUAUUAGAGUACAAUUUUAUGAAAAUAUCUAACUUGUAAUGUAUUAUUUCAAACAAAAGUAAAAUUUGUAUUAUCCUGAUGCUAUUUUAACAAUAGUUUUGCGAUUAAUAUAUUAUAUAACAUAGCCUACUAAUAUAUAGUGAAAAUAUAUCCCUUUAAUAUGUAGUGCAAAAUUCAUCCCCAAAUAUAUAGUAUAUAAUGUACUCCAAUAAUAUAUAGCUUAGAAUGUAGCCCACUAAUAUAUUAUAUAGACUGUACCCAAAUAAUAUAUAGUAUAGAAUGUACCCCACUAAAAUAGUAUAGACUGUGCCCCAAUAAUAUAUAGUAUAGACUGUAACCAACUAAUAUAUAGUACAUAAUGUACACCACUAAUAUAUAGUGUGAAUGUAACACACUUUUAUAAGUAAGGAAUGUACCAAUACUAAUAUAUAGUACAGCUAGUACCCAACUAGUACAUGUUAGAGAAUGUACCCCGAUACUAUACAAGCUACAUCGACUUUUCACAAUGAUGUCGUUCUCACCAAAAUAUUUUCAAACUGUUUUAAGAAAAGCUUCUUUUUUUUUCAUUUUAAACUGUACUAUACCUCAUAUGAUUUCAGUAACUCAUAUGAUUUCAGUACCUCAUAUGAUUUCAGUACCUCAUAUGAUUUCAGUACCUCAUAUGAUUUCAGUACCUCAUAUGAUUUCAGUACCUCAUGUGAUUUCAGUAACUCAUAUGAUUUCAGUAUCGCAUAUGAAUUAGGUAACUCAUAUGAUUUCAGUAACUCACAUGAUUUCAGUAACUCAUAUGAUUUCAGUCCCUCAUAUUAUUUAAGCUCCUUAUAUGAAUUCAGUAACUCAUGAUAUCAGUACCAUAUUUGAUUUCAGUGCCUCAUGUGAUUUCAAAACCUCAUAUUAUUUCAAAACCUCAAAUGAUUUCAAUACAUCAUAUGAUUUCGAUAACUUCCGAAAGUUUGAUUUAACAAAAGCAAUAACCCACUCCGCUUAAUCCUAUUGUAAAUCACUGAGAUUGUGUCUUAAAAUAAAACAGGCGUCAUUACAUAUUGAUCAAUAACGUUGACAAAACUGAGGGCACGCCGUAUUGGAAAUUAAUCUGAUAAUAUUGAAAAGAUUAUCUAUCAUUGAUUAAUUUUUUAAUUCUUUUUUUCUGCUCAAAAUUUACACGAUUUUUUUAAAAUUAAAAAAAAAAAAAAAAAAAAUAGAGUAACACGAAAAAACAACUAUUGAUUUAAACAAACAUCUUUCCUCCCCCCCCCCCCCCCCGUACAGGUAUUUUAACUCAUCUUUGAGGUACACGUGCCCGGAGCCGCUGAAAAAAUUCGCGGAUUAUUUGCUGUGCCAGGUGGCGGAGCGCACCGUGAGGCAAUCCUGCGUCGUCUACUCUUUUGGGUGAGUAAGUGUCAGGCUUGCUUUAAGCCCGGUCUUAGCUUUCUUCUUAUAACAUGUAUCAAUUGCAGUUGUUGUUUUUUUUAGUUGUUGUAGUCCCUUUUUUAAAAAAAUUGAACGUAUUGUCUUCUAACAUUCAGCAAAGGGUCACCCUGCACAUUCGUUAAAUCCUACUGAUUUCAAAUGAUAUUUCCCCCAGUAAACCCGCGAAAAUAGUAAAAAUUUAAAUAAGAAAAUUCUGAAAAGCAAAUUAAAUUUAUUGUCUCGGGCUUUCUGCAUCCUCUGGAGCUGUCUUUUGAUCCCCGCAAGGGGCAAAGAUUUUUUUUUUUUUUGUAAGAACCCUUCAUAAACAUAGUAUUAUAAUUGACGAUCAUCCUGUUAAAGACAGUGCCUGAGGUAAAUGAUGGCGUCGACACAUUUUCUGAUGAACCCAAGAGUUGAUGUGUUAACCGAACCGCAUUUAUCUACCAAAGAACAUUGUCACUUGAUGAAAAAAAUUGGAAGGCAUUUACGUCGUGGUCCAUUGAGUUUUGCUACCAAGUACACAUCAAAGCAUUGACGUUUGCAUAUCUUUCCAGGGUGAAAAGGGAUUUCUGGUUUGAUGACGCCGGUGGCUGGACUGGAUGCGAGGUCUGGUCAUUUGACCCCGGGUCAGUAUUGAUUUUUUCAUCAUUCACUAAUUUUGGGGGUAAGGCGGUGGGCUCAGAAAAGUAAUGCACAAAAAAAAAAAAAAACAAAAGUAAACUUAUUUGGGGGAGCACAAAACAUAAACAAUUUUUGGGGAACCCAAAAUAUUAAACUUAUUUGGGGGAGCACAAAACAGUAAACUUAAUUUGGGGAGUAAAAAACAUCUAACUUAUUUGGGAGAGCAAAAAAGUUCAAACCUAUUUGGGGAGCAUGCCUUUACGGUAAAAAAAAAAAUAUGUGCAUUAAUUUAUAUUUACUUUUAAAAAGUUUUAGAAUGUAAGUUGUCUUUUGAAUAUGUUUUCCUUAUAUAUUUUAAAAUGAUAUUUAAUGAUUUGUUUUCAAAAAAAUAUUACCAAAUUAAAAAUAAUCCCAGUUUGUUACAUAAACACCAUUAAGUAUGAUAUAUUUUAUGGUACUCAGACUGAAUCUCACCGACCAUCUCAGGGGGAAACGUGUUCAUUUUUACAACCUGGGACUUAGCACCACAAACACGGAUAUAUUCCUGCGCACAAAUCAAGCUGCGAAGAAAUGGAAGAUGAGGACGUUCAGGGCUAUCCAACAAAUGAUUGGCCACAAGAACGUAAGUCAAUGAUCCAACAAUUGAUUGGCUAUUAUAAUGUAUGGUGAAUGAUCCAACAAUUGAUUGGACUUAAUAAUGUAUGGUGAAUGAUCCAACAAUUGGUUGGACUUUAUAAUGUAUGGUCAAUAUCCAACAAUUGAUUGGCCAUUAGAAAGUAGGUCAAUGAUCAAACAAUUGAUUCGCCAUUAGAAAGUAGGUCAAUGAUCAAACAAUUGAUUCGCCAUUAGAAAGUAAGUCAAUGAUCAAACAAUUGAUUAGCUAUUAGAAAGUAGAUCAAUGAUCCAAGAAAUGAUUGGCCAUAAGAACGUAAGUCCAUGAUCCAACACAUGAUUGGCCAUUAGAAAGUAAGUCAAUGAUCCAACAAAUGAUUGGCCAUUAGAAAGCAGAUUAAUUAUCAAACAAUUGAUUGGCCAUAAGAACGUAGGUCAAUGAUCCACAGCAGACGAUUUUAAUGUUCUUAAAAAUAACAUGUCCACUUAAUUUGAUAUUACAAACAUUUCUUUAACAGUAAUGUAAUUAUCAAAAAAAAGUUUUACUUAUGUAGAUAACCUGCUAUGCUACUACAACAGUUUCAUUAAAAGUAUUGUAAUAAUUUAAUUAACUCCUUACUAAUGUAAUUAAAUAAUGAAUGCUUCUACAACAAUUAAAUUGAAAGAACUGCAAUAAUCCAAAAACGUCUUACUUAUGUAGUUAACAUAAGAUGCUAAGACAGCGGUUCUCAACCUGUGGGUCGCGACCCCCAAAGGGUUCGCGCGACUCUUUUCCAGGGGUCGCUUGAGACCAUCUGAAAACACACAUCCUUACAGCCACGAAAAUAAUUGUGUGGCUGGGGGUCGCCACGACACGAGGAACUGUAUUAAAGGGUCGCGGCACUAGGAAGGUUGAGAACCACUGUGCUAAGACAACACUUUGGUUGAAAGUAAUGUAAUAAUAGAGUAACUUCUUGUAGACGUAUUUAACAUAUGAUGAUACUACAACAAUAUCAUUUAAUAGUAAUGUAUUUAUGAACAAAAUCAUACCAAUGUAGUUAACUUAAGAUUCUAAUUACACCAUUUUCAUUAAAGAAAAUGUAAUAGUAAAAUAUUCUGUUACUAAUGUGUUUCACUAAAAACUUUAUUUUUUUUUCAAUAAAAACUUGUGACCGUUGAACUCAUCUGGAGACUCUUUUAUUGUCCAGCAGCCUUUGGACAUCGUGAAACUGAACAUUGGCGGGGAAGAGUGGAGUGUGCUGGACUACUUGAUGGAGAACGACCUGUUGAAAAGCAUGCGAUAUUUGAUGGUGCACUUCCAUCUGUCGCCUUCAUGGCCGGCGAAGGAAAACUACGUCAACAGUUUUAAGGUAAAUUGAGCCGUUUCCUUUUAAAGGACUUAAUUUAAAUCAAUGAAGAGUAACAUAUUAGGUUUUUACGCCUCAUUUAUAUCAUUGACGUGUACAGACCAAUUUAAAAAAAAAAUUAAAAAAUGAUGGAAAAACAUGCUUUAUGGAGUGAAGGUAUAUGUUAGAUCACGAACUGUGACAUACAUCUUAUAUUUUGAUUACAUAAGGUGAGCAGCUCAGAUUAGCGGCACGUCUUGUACAGCUUACAUUGUGUGUUCCGCGGGUGAAUAUUCGUUUUUUUUUAUCGGCGUAAAUCAGAAACUGUUAGUACAUCAGAUUAGCUUAAUUUAUGAUUACAAGAAUGCAGCUUAGAUUAUGAUUGCAAUAAUGCCGCUUAGAUUAUGAUUACAAGAAUACAGCGUAGCUUAUGAUUACAAAAGUAAGGCCUAGAAGGUGAUUAGAAGAAUACAGCGUUCAUUAUAAUUACACGAAUACAGCUUAGAUUAUGAUCACAAGAUACAGCUUAAAUUAUAAUUACAAGAGUACGGCUUAGAUUAUCAAUUCGAACCCAAAAAAAUAAAUAAAUAAACAUGAGCUUCAAUUGUGCGUAGAGAAGCAGGAAUAUUACAGCUUACAUUUUGAGGGGGAAACAAAAUUAAUUCAGAAUUACUUUGAACAGCUUACCCAAAAUGUUAAGACAUGGGUCUUUGUUUGCGAACAAUGCUGAUGAGGGGACGCAUAAAACAAAAUCUGUUGUAGAAAAGUCAUAGUUAAUGCUUACAUUAACAAUGACACGCGAACUUGUUGCUGGUUCGCAAACGUUCCUUUAUAAAAUAGAAGAACAAGGUAUGUGGAAGCUUGAAUCAAAAGAUAUGUCAGUAAGAUGCGAACGUUUCGGCUAAGUGCCUUCCUCAGAAAACGGGACAAUGAAAAUAACACCAAAAAAAAAAAGACAACAACAGAGCACAGUUAAAAACUUAAGUGAUCACCAAUGUUGUUGCCAAUCUCCUGCAACAGCAAUGGCGAUCUGUAAAAUUUACGAUUGUCCCGUCUUGUGAUGAAAGUUUCCACAUACCUUGUUCUACUUUUUUUAAUUCACACAGCUUGAAUGCCGCACUUUAUUUUUAUCCUUCAGAUUCUUUAUAUUUAUCUCACACAAUAAAUUUCUCAACCUUCUUCAUUUUCUUUUUAUUUUUUUAAAGUCGCACCACUGCGUUGUUCAACUUUAAAAAAACAAACAAACUACGUUUCAUCAAGAAUGCAUAAUUAAUGUAGUUUUGAAUACACAUACAUCUAUAAAUAUAUGCAUUUUUAAUCACACAUUUACAGAGAUUUCUGAAACUUUUGAUGGCGUGAAACAUUUUUUAAUUAAAUUUAAAAAAACGAAAUUGUUUUCCUAAACACAUUUAGGUACAACAUAUUUAGUUUAAGCUAUGUUUCUGUUUCCAUCUCUAGACUGUGACAAGGUUGCGCCAACUUGGCUUCAGAGAAUACCACAGCAGAGUGGACUCAGUUAUAUUGGACGCCAAGAAUUUUACUCUUCGAGCGACCGUUUUAUAUCUUAAUGCGAAGUUCAAUUGGUUUUUUUGACAUUUUUAAGAUGACAUUCUUCCAAUUAUUCGUUUUUGGACAUUUUUUUAUACCUCUUUUUUUUUUAUAAAAUUUAUCAACAAAAUGUACUUCACAGCUAUAAUAUAGUGAAUCCCGCGGCUUUCAUUUCAACAAGAAUAUAUUUAAAAAAAAAUAAAUUUAAAAGCUUCCACACAGACUAUAUCAGCAGCGUUGUGGUCAAGUGUAUGGAUACCAGGACAAGGCAAAUCUAUUCAUGGGCUGGCUUUGAAUCCAUGUUACAGUAUGAAACAGUAUGUGUGAACAUGUGAUGGUUUCUUGUUGACGUGAAUGAAUUCUGUUUCUUUUGUUUCGGAUAUGUUUUGGCUUUCACGAUUUUUAUUCGUGCUUAAAAAAAGAUCACGACAAGGGAGACCAUAAGAUAAACUGGUGC